AUGAAGGAUCCCGAAGAUAGGAUUGCCACGUUGGCAGACGGGAGAAAAGUGUCAUAUGCCAUUUAUGGCACUGAAAAUCCUGAUGCACCCACAACUUUUUACUUUCACGGCUGGCCAGGGUCUCAUCACGAAGGCUACUUGACGCACAGCGCAGCCCUCAAACACGGAUUACGUGUCAUUGCGACUACACGACCAGGAUACAGCGACUCAACAUUCCAGGAAAACAGAUCAAUUCUAGACUAUCCCAAAGAUAUCCUCGAGAUAGCGAAUCUCCUCUCUGUGCAACGCUUCACCGUCUUGGGAGUAUCAGGCGGUGGUCCUUAUGCGAUUGCUUGUCUAAAGGAGAUACCUCGGGAUAGAUUAGUCGGUAUAGGCACGUUGGCUGGAUGUAUGCCCUUGUCGUUUUCUACAGAGGGCAUGCUUGGUUUGGCGCGCUUCAUGUUUAACGUUGCGCCGUAUGCUACUGCACCUCUCGGAUGGUUGAUAGAUAAAAUUAUGGGAACCGUGGCGCGCGACACGGAGCAUCCGGAGAAAUUGGAAGAAAUGGCGGAUAAAGAGGCAGAAGCUAAAGCACCAAGCGAUGCAGAAGCCUGGAAGAAUCACCCUGACUUGAGAAGAGUUAUUCUAAGAUCCAACAGAGAAGCCAUGAAACAAGGCGGGUACCCAAUGGCAUGGGACGCAAGGCUGUAUGGAAGUGAUUGGGGUUUUAAGCUGGAGGACCUCAAGGUUGGAAAGGGCCAGAUGAUACUCUGGCAUGGAGAUCAGGAUCAAAACGUUCCCAUCCGGGUCAGUUAUAAGGCCGCUGAGGUGAUUCCUAAUGCGGAGCUGAGGGUCAUGAAGGGGGACAGUCAUAUGAGCUUGAUGGUCAAGACAGAAGAGCCUUUGGUGGCGAUGAAAGAGAUGCUGGAGAGAUGA